GAGGGAGGGGGAGUCCUUCUGAUCCUCCUGGCUACAAAUGAUCCCUGAGCCAGUUUUUUUCUGGGAACACCCCACAUAACGCUGACCUUGUCCAUCCCUCCCCAUUAAUCCCUUUCUAAACCCACUCCUACCCAAGCAGCUGCUGCUCCCACUAACAGAUGCCCAUGGAAGGCAGCAAGACACGAGCAAUAAAUAUCCACCAUAAACUUGGGGGUCUCCACCCUGCAGGGUGGGAGGAUCAAGGCGAACCGGAGCACUAAAAAUAAAUAAAAUAAGUGGGGAAAUAGUUUCCUAUCAGCUCACCCCAGCCCAGGAUGUUUAGCAAUGCUGCAGAUCAAAGCACAUGGGGUAUUUGCACUUCAGUAAGGCCCUGAGCAAACAGAUGGGUGGGUGAUACCUGGCUCUCCUUGCUCCAUAGGAAGGCUGAAAAGUUCCACAUUUCCAAAGGGAUAAUAACUUCCACGAGUGGUUUUUAAGCCCUUGAGUUUGUGGGUUAGUAAGACUGGGUUUAGUUUUGUGUGGGCACACCCUGAGUGGAUCCUUCACAGAGGGGAGGGCUUAAAAUGAGGGGAUUUAAAAAUUAUCCAUGUGUGGAUCCCAAAUCCACAUGAUCCCAGCCCUCUGAUCUCCAGUCAUGCCUCUGGACAAUGCUUUUCACACAGAUUUAUCCAAACUCUACAGCAAAACCCCAGAUUCUCCCCCCAAAUCCAAGGGCCUCCAAUACCAAAGCAGGAGCAGCACAGACAACAACUAUCACAGUGGGAAAAACCUUCUGCAGUGGAAGUAUUUUGUGGAGGAGGUGGGAAAGGAAUUGAUUAAUUUAUUAUUAGGGAUGCCCUGGUUUUAAAAGCCAGGUGGGGAAAGCAGGGGUUGGGGUUGUCACUGGUAUUUUGGAGUGGUUUCUGGUGCAGGUGACGGAGGCAGAUGAGAUGUCACUCCCCAUCCUUAACAGGCUUGGAUGGGGUUUUAUUCCACUUGCAGCAGGAAAUAAAAGUUUAGAGAGAAGGGAAACCCUAGGACAGACAUCUCUGCCACCUUGGAGGUGACAUCCCUUCCAGUCUCAGCUUUGGUGGCUCUCAGAAUUUUGACAAAAGUUUCUCUUCUUGACUGCAGAUCAGUCAGUCCCUUCUUCACAAUUCCCAAGCCCGAAUUCCCUUCCCCAGAAGCGUGAUUAAUCCCUGAGGGUGGGGCCCUGCAUACCUGCGUUUGUGUCUGUGUUUGCUCUUGGCCCCAUGGUUUCAAGGGAAAACAGCAGCUUUUGUUCCUUAUCUCCUCUGGUUUUCUGUCUCCCCCGUGCCUCUGUAUCACGUUUGGGUUAUGGUAAUUAAAUAAACUGUAUUCCCAAAGCAGUCCAAGUCGGGUUUUCGUGGCUUUUCCAGCCUUUGCUGCUGGUGGUUUAAUUUCACAGACCCCUUCCCCCUGGGCAGACAGGAAAACCUGAGGGCAGGGCAGGAAAACUGCAGAGCCAGGAAUUGCAAUCCCGGUGUUUGCUGCUGUCCCUUGCAGUUUGGCACAGCUGGAUUUGGAUGCAGCCAUGGAUCUCGGGGGGAGUCACAAGGAAGGAGCCAAGGGGAGCCAUCCUUGAGGCUUCAGGGGGUGAGCUGGCAAAACUGAGGAAAUGCUGAGCCCAAAGUGCUGCCUCUACACCUGGAGCAAGGAUUCAGCAGCCUCUGAGGUGCCACCCUGGGUGUAAAAAUCACUUUUAUCCCAUUUCUCCAGCCAUCAAAUCCCAUGGAUUUUAAAACCAUGGUGAUGGCCAAGGCCUCGACUGGCCUCGUGCCCGGUGAUGAGCGAGAUGAUGGAGGAAGUGUUGGUGCUCACUGCUGUGGGAAAACUCGUGGGUUUUGGGGAAGAGAAGGAUGGGAAUCAGCUCCCUGUUCCAGGCAAGCCUGCCUUGGGGGACUGACACCAUCAGCACAGAUAAAGGAGGGGGUGGGCCUCCCAGGGAUAUAAACCCACCCCGCUGAGCCGGCAGCGUUGGAGCUGCAGGUCCUGGCAGGGUAAGGAGAGGGGAUUUCACUGCCCUGGUGCUCAUCAGGCAGCUCAGGGCACGGGGGGAAAGCUGCAGGUCCUGAGCUGCUCCAGCAGCCCCAGGCAGGAUGAGCCACUGCGUCCCUGGCAAGCCCCACAUCCCAAAACUGGGAUACAGAACCUUUGGGAUGCCCUGGGUGAUCCCUCCCAGCGCUGGGCACCCACAGUGACACAAAUGUCACCUGAGGCAUCGCCCAGCUGGCUCCAUGUCCCUGGUGGGACCUACAGACCCUUCUGUCCUGCCCCUGGAUCGUCACCUGUCCUUAUUCCCUCUCCAGGGCAGUCCCAGGAUGAGGAAUCUCCUCCUUGCCGUGCUCCUGGCUUGUGGGCUGCUCCCGGCCAGCACCAGCGUCCUGCAGCUGGAGAGGAUGAUCAGGGCUGCCACGGGCAGGAGCGCCCUGCUGUCCUACAGCUGGUACGGCUGUUUCUGCGGCAUCGGGGGCUCCGGGACCCCCGUGGAUGCCACCGACCGGUGCUGCCAAGCCCACGACUGCUGCUACAGGAGGCUGAGGGAGGGCAGCUGCAGCCCCCUGACCACCCCGUACAGCUUCAGCUCCAGCGACGGGCACGUCUCCUGCAGCAGCGAGCAGAGCUGGUGCGAGAGGGAGACCUGCCUGUGCGACACCGCGGUGGCUUCGUGCUUCGCCAGCACCCUGCACUCCUACAACGACUCCUACCGCUUCUACUUCAAGCUCAAAUGCCAAGGAAACAAGCUCCAGUGCUGAGGAGGGGGAAUCUGCGCACAAAUUCCAGAUUUUGGCCGGGUUUCCCCAGCAAGAAGAGCCUGGGCUGGAGGCUCAGAAGAGGGAGAGCCCCCGAGGCUCCCCGUGAGGUGCUGCUCAGGGGGAGAAGGGCACGCACACCACGGAGGGAGAGCCACCAGUUCCUGGAAAGACACAGCAGCUUCCUCUUUCUUGUGCCUUCCUCCUCUCCUGAUUUCAUUUCCCAGCAAAGAGAAUAAAGAGAUGCAAUAAAAGGGAUGCAAACUGGUUCUCCGUGGUAUUUCUCUGUAAGGGUUGUUGAGUUUGGGGAGCACCUCUGCAUCCCACACCUCAGCCACACCGUUUGCCCGACACCCCAACAUUUCCAUGGUCCUGUCAGGGCUGCAAUUCACACAUCUAUCCCAGUGUGGAGUAAUGAGUUUGGGGAACAGGUUGCCCAGAGAAGCUGUGAUGCCCCAGGAUCCCUGGAAGUGUCCCAGGCCAGGUUGGACAGGGCUGGGAGCAGCCUGGGACAGUGGAAGGUGUCCUUGCCCAUGGCAGGGGGGCACUGGGUGAGCUUUAAGAUCCCUUCCAGCCCAAACCAAUCUGGGUUUCUACAAAUUUCUAAUUCCUAGCUCAGAAGCCACAUCCAAACAGCUUUGUGAGAAACACUACCAACAAGAGGCUUCACAUCACAGUGAGUUUUAAGUUGUAAAUAAUUUUUCUGUCCCUCUUGUCCAGAGUCAGGACAACUUGAAGCACAGGGAGAAGCUCACAGGAGUAUCCCCAGUAUCUUCUGGGAUGUUUGGCUUCUGGCACAUGAGGAUUUUACUAGCAAUGACACAACUGCUCUUUUAUAUCUAUUUCCUGCUAUAAACAAUUCCAUACAACGCAUUUCACAGAAACACAUCUUCUUAUGCAAACAGACUAAAAGCAGGAGUACCUAAAAAGCAUGAGUACCUAAAUUAAUUGCAAAUGAUUAAUGAGACAGUAAUUAGGCUGAGGAGCAUUAAUGGGCUAUGUGCAAUUCAGAUAAGCACAAGGCACAUGCCAGCCAGGGAGCAUCACUCGUGACACCAGAGACACCAAAGUGGAGCUGGAGUCAGGGCUUGGCUGAAACUUUGUCAGUGGAGGACAAGAAGAAACUGUUUUUCCAGCAGGUUAAGACAAAAGACACAGAUCGCCUGCCUUCCUUAAUGUCCCUCCCAAACCAAAUCAGUCUGGCCAUGAUUCUUGGAAAUAAGGGUUAAAUCAUCCACAGGGGAAGGAACAUGUCAAGGUCUUGACCACUUACAUUAUGCAGGUGCUAAUUUAGGGGAGCAGCUGAUGACUGAAUGGUUGAUGCACAAGGGCAAAAUGUGGGGGUGAAAAAUCACAAGCAGAGAAAUAAAGGGAAGUUGCACUUUCUCACCUCAGAAUAUUCAUUUUGCUUCUGUUUUCUCAUGGUGAGUGAGGGUGUAAUCAUCCAGUGUCUGCCCAGCCUCGUGUCUCUGGGAACUGCACAUUUAGAGAUGUUUUCAGUGUUGCCCAUAGACUUUUCCCAAAGAAGUGAUAACUCUCCUUGAACCCCUUCCACCUCCUUGAAACCCCCAAACUUGCAGUGUCCAUGCCCAGUCUGAACUAGAGCUGCUCCUUCCUCCUUGAUGCAGCUCCUCAGUGCUGGGAAGGGCAGAGGAGAAGGGUCUUGGGCAUCUCUGACCAAGGCAGAGUUUGUUUGCUUCCUCCUCGAGCUGGAAGUGACGCCGCUUUUCCACCUCAUCCUACCCAGCACCCAUGCAUGGGGUCCAGAGCUGAGGCUUUAGGGGAUUUUUCAUAUUCCUUGGAAGGGGGAAGGGUUCCUUCUCCUUUACAGGGAAGCCCAGUCAGCAAGAUUUGGGUUGAAGGAGCCCCAGGCAGAUGGCAGCAAACUAUAUAAAGCAAGCCCGGUUGGCUGCUGGGCACUGCAAGCCAGCAUGGCUCUCCCAAGGUAGGUGGGGAUGGAGGAUUGAUUUCCUUCUUUUCCUUCCUUUCCUCCUUUCACCAGAAGCUGCGCUGCAAGUGAGGAGCGAGUGCCAUGCUGGGGAAGCAGGAUUGAAGGAGCUGCUGCCUGAGACACCAGCCCAGAAGAGCAGCGCGUGCAGCCUUUGAGGGCUGAACAUUGCUUCCAUUUUUCUCCCUUUCUCCUGAUUUUGCUUUUUCCCACCCUCUCCCAUCUGAUUCCCAUCCCUGGCACUUUGUGCUGAAACAAGGGGCACAUCCUCACCCCCUCCCUGCCCCUAGUCCCUGGAGAGAGGAGAACCUCUGCUCCUGGAUGAUGAGGAAAGAAAGAAGAAGGUGGUUGGUAUAACAGAGAAUGGUUUGGUUUCCUCCCUCAGAGCUGUCAGAUGGAUGAAUGCCCUCCUCGGCCUCUCGGUGCUGUUGGUGUGGGGUAAGGCUCCUCUCUCAGUCCCAGGGCUCUCUGUGCAGUUACACCCAUUGAAAUCAGGCUGGUGAAUUCUUCCCUUCUCCCCAUCACCAGCUCUCCCAGACAUGCAACAACACUCCCGUGCCAAGCUGGGAACACAUUUCCUCUCCAUUGCAUUAUAAUUUCUAAGACAUCACCACCCCGCUGCCAAUCUGGGGGCUGGAGGGAUGGAGCUGCUGAUUGGGGGGCAGGGAAUCAGCGUGAUCUCCCUGAUCUGCCCCCUCCAGCCUUGUCCCCAGCCCACGGGAGCCUCUUGGAGCUGCAUCAGAUGAUCUCAAAGGUGACAGGGAGAAAUGCUUUUCUGCAUUACGGCUUCUACGGCUGCUACUGCGGCCUGGGGGGCAAGGGGCAGCCCAAGGAUGACACAGACAGGUGAGAAUUCACUUUAAAACCCCCUUCCCAGACACCUUCUUGAAUAUUUUUAAAUUUCUAGCAUGAGGGGGGAGAAAACUCCAUCCCCAAAGCUUCAAUCUCCUCUGCAGAUGCUGUCAGCUGCAUGACAUUUGCUACCGAAACCUCCUGGAGCACCACUGUAAUGCCAAGACACGGCUCUACCGCUACAGCUGGCGCCGUGGCAGGCUCUCCUGCGGUGAGUAGGGCUCUGGAAAAGGGGGUGUCACCCCCCUAAAGCUGGGGCUGAUCCUGGCUCCCCUCGUCCCGCAGGAGAGGGCUCCCGGUGCAGCUACUUGUCCUGCGAGUGCGACCGCAGCCUGGCGCUGUGCCUGAGGAGGAGCGCGGGCAGCUACAGCAAACUCUACCAGUUCUACCCCAAGAAGCGCUGCUGACCAUGGCAGGGAGCGGGGAUGCGGGCCCGGGGCGUGCGCGGGUCGACACCGCCAUCGCCCCUCAUCCCUGCCCGUGCUGACCGCACCGGAGCGGCCGGAGCUUAAAUAAAGGCAGAAAUAAACAAUGUUCUUGUUCUCGUCCUCUGAGAGCUGCUGCUGCUGCUGGGCAGGGAGAGAAAUCCCCGUAAAUAAUCAGCGUCUUCCCAAAACUUUCCAAGAACUCGGGCUCGGCCCCUGCGUCACCCGAGGCUGCAGCCCACGGGGAGAGGGGGGCUGGCCGGGGGGAAGGGGCGUAGCAGUCCCUGCGUUUGGGACAGACGAGUUCUUUUGGAGCUUCCAGUUGGAGCUCGCGGGCUGGACACGGAGGGCAGGCUCGCCCCGGGAGGACAGACUGACAGCGAGGAGGAUCCUCGGCCCAGGUGAGAGGAAGAUGAAGGUCCUGCUGGUGCUGACGAUACUGUUUGCCUGCAGUGUGUUCACAGCUCACGGGAAGCACCCACGCACGUUCACCCCGGGACUCGAGGGAAGCACCGUAGGAAACCUGACUGCCCAUGGAUGCUACUCGGGAUGGGGCACCUCGAGGGCUUCGGUGGAUCGGUGCUGCCUGCUCCGAGCCUGCUGCUACGCCAGGCUGGCGGAGCGGCGCUGCCGCCUGGGACCCGUCCAGCCCGUCCCCGCGGCCCGGGCAGGGAUCCCCACCUGCAGGUCGGGGACGUGGUGCCAGCGAGGCGCCUGCAGGUGCGAGCGGGCGGCGCGACUGUGCCGGGCUCAGCUCGGCCGGGCUCAGCUCCGCCGCCGCGCCCGGUGCCGGGGACGAGCCGGGCGCUGCUGAAGCAAAAACUCCCUUGGCAAAAGCAUCUCCGGGCUGAUCCGGCGCUUCCCAGCCCUGGCGAGUCUCCUCCUUUCGGGGCUUUUUGGCUUCGAGGACAACGAGCCUCCUCCGGUCAAGUCGCGUCACGGGAUGCGAGGAGGGGGAGCAGCGCUGACGUGAUGUUCCAGCACAGCAAAACAAGGGAGGAGUGGACACCUGCCCCUGGUCCCGGUGAGGGCCGGGAUGGGAAGGGUCCCCCGUGGCAGCCUGUGCGCUCCUCCGCUUCCUGCUUCACAGCAAAUCCCCUCCCGUUGCUCCAAAAUAAAACCAGAGAGCCCAAAGCAGCGGUUCCCGGCGUGCCGUGACUCAGCCGAGCCCUGCGCCCAGCCCUCACCUCGCAGACGGGCUUGCCGUGGAAGUACUCAGCAAAAAUGACACCUGAGAGGUGACACAACUCACCCUCAACUGCCCCAAGUUAGCUCUAAACCUCCAGGCUCCGAAAAUUUCCAGUUUUUCUGAGGGGGGAGAGGUGGAAGCUGGUGGAAGGGCUGGGGGCAGGCACGACGGUGUGGGAGGGCCGGGCUUGGAUUCGAUGACCCUGGUGGGUCCCUUCCAGCUCGGGAUAUUCUGUGAUCCCCUAAAUCUCUGCUGUGACUGGACAGCCGGAGCUUGCCUCACACCCAGUGCUGAGCAAAACAGAGUUCUCACCAGAAAAGAAUGUUUUGGCCCAAUUCUGCAAGAACCCCGAGCACAUCCCUUAGGAAAGGGCAGUUCAGGCAGUGGCUGCUUCUCCCCACUUCAGCAUCCCCAGAUUUUGUGCCUUAGGGUGUUGACCCCAGCAGGUCUCUGUGCUCCAAACCACCUUAUUAGAGGGGCUCAGCAAUGAAAUAAAGCCACAGAAACAACAAUGAAACUUUGUUUCCUCAGGGGCUGAUGCCCAGCUGGAAUUCCCACCCCGGAUUGCCCCGUAGCUGAAAUCAGUGGCACCAGGGAAUAGCCCUGAAUCAGCUUCUGCCGCCCUCCUGCAGCCGUGUGGAACCCUGGGGAGAUGAGGAAGGAGCUGAUGAUUGCAGGGCAUAAACCAAGCAUCAAAUCCUCACCGAGAGGAUGCAUAACCCAGAGAGACUGCAGGCUGGGAUAAACUGAAUCACACUCACCCUUUGUAAAUUGUGGGGGAAUUUUAACCAUCCAUGAAUUUUCCUGCUUGGACAUCCAGCUGUACAAAUCCAUUCAUACAAAUCCUCCAAGUGCUGAUGUUUUGGCUCAGAUACUGCACCUCCCCGGAGCAUUGCAGUAAACUGGGCUGCAAGAGUUGAGGUUUUCAUACUGUGAAACAAACCCCACAGCUUCCCAGGAGGCAUUUGGCUUUGAGGGGGGCUCAUUUCCCAUUUGGAGAAGGGAUCCUGCAAACCUGCCACAGGUAGAGAGGCUGGGGUGGAGAGGCUUUCAGUGGAGCUCAGCCAGUUUGAUGGACAAGAAUAUCCCAUAUUCCUGUGAUAAAACUGGUAGUGGACUUGGAGAAUCCUGAAUUAUGGCAAAUCCUGGUUUAGCCAAUUAACACCAUCCCAGGGGACUACUUAAAUUAGCCCAGAGAGCUGAUGGAGCAAAGGGCCCAUGGCAGAGGGGGAAGAGAUUUUGCUGAGCUGAGUUCCCUGCUCUCAGCAUCUCUCUGAUUCCCACACAAGUCACAUCCUUGUUCCCUGCCUCAGUUUCCCCACCAGCCCAGGGGGGAUUUCCGCCCCUGCCUCAAUGCCUGCCCAUGCUGGGGUUCCUCAAAAAGCACCACAGAGCAGCUCCAAUCUCUGCCAGAAGAUAUCUGCUAAAUGAUUGUUCUGUACCACCAAUUUAAUCAGGGAUUCUCCCUGAGCAAAUGACACAAGCUGCCUCUUUCCUCCACCUUCCAUCAUACAUCACUUGCAUUUUUUCUUCCCUGCCACUUCCCUUAUUUUGCUUCUAAAUAAAGGUGAACCACAAACCUCA